AUGUCGUUCUUAUCUUUGACAAUCCUCCUUUGCUUCGCGAGUGUUGCUCGUGCUCAUUUUCGUCUUUUGUUUCCCGAGCCUAGAGGAGUUUUCGUUGCUGAUCAAGAACCAAAUUACUGUGGUGGAUACACUAAUGCGGUUCCCAACCGAACCGUUUAUCCGCUCUCCGGUGGCUUUUUUAGCAUCAAAUCUGGUCAUCCUGGCUGGACAGUGCAGAAUCCUACAUCGUUUGAGAACUUCUCCUCGAACGGCGUUCAACAAUUUGUUUCACCCUAUGCCAAGGAGGCGUCUGCGGGUACUUUUUGUAUGCCCCUCAACGUUUCCGCGUCAAAUGCCACCGGAGUUAAAGAUGGUGCGAACGUAACCAUCCAGAUCGUUUUUUCAGGUGGAGACGGAAAUUUAUAUCAAUGCGCCGAUCUAACCUUGUCAAGCAAUGCAACCGUUGGAAAUGCUACUUGCGUAAAUGAAACUGUGGCAACAUCGUCGACGUCUGCAGUCCCAACAGCGUCACACACCGCUGUCGCAGGGCUUGCGUUGGCUACCUCGUAG